AUGAAGUGCCCACCCCUAGUUUAAAUGGAGAAAGAAAUCUCUGAUGAGAAUAAACUAAAAGGCCAUUCUCUAGCCCACAUUGUCUCUCCCUCUCUCUCUCUCUUCUAGCUUAUGGAUUCUUCAAAAACCAGAUUUGUGGCCAGACGAUCUGAUCCGGCCAACUUUCCGGCGAAGAAAAAUAUUUCUUCCCGGCGAUCUUUAUCUUCUUCUUCCUUCUUGUUUCCAGGUGACUCUCCUUUAAACUCUCUGGCGACUCCUCUUGGUCUCAUCGGUGUUCCAUUCUCAUGGGAACAGCUUCCUGGGAAACCCAAAGACUACUCUCAUAGACUCAACCACCGCCGCAACAACGAGUCUUCAGUUAUAUUACCUCUCCCUCCUCACCGGAGUAUCACCUUUCCGGUCACCGGUAAAAACCAUAAAUCUAACUGUCCCACUAAAAGGAGCAGCUCCCCGGUGACGGCGAUGGAGAAAGAUCCUUUCGCGGCGGCGUUGUUGGAAUGUUCCAAAGAUGACGACGAAGAUGAAGAAGACGUAGAUCGGAGGUACCGAGGAAACUCCGGUAGGCCAAGCAAGGUGUUGGUAAAUAACAGCAUCAGCGGCAGGUUCGGGUUAGUAAGUCUCUACGGUUCUUGUCGGAGAACUUGUGCAGUUUCAGAGUCCAUUGUUUAUCUUCCGAAACCGGGAAAAGCUGCUUCGUAUGAUCAUCUGCUUCUUCCACGCCGUCACCGUUGAUUUGUCGUCUUUCACGAUUUACUCUAUUAUAUAUCUCUUGGUCUUUGCAAUACUUUCCAUAUAUAUUUAUUCUCUGAAUGUGACAUAUAUUAUGUGUGAUAUUUUAAAAAUUAUUUCCUAUGAACUUUAACUUUAAACUUUAA